GGGGAAAGUUUGUUUAUUUAUUGGAUUCCUUUAUCCUGCUUUUAUGACCGUUUAUAAAUACCUUAAAGCCGGAACUGGGCAGGAGUUAGGAAAACCUGACAGACGGGGAGGGGUCCCCCAUUUCAGCCUGUCUCUUUUUGAAAGGGGAGGGGGAUGAGAAGUGGUGCCCCCCCUCUCCCGCAUCCUUCGCUGAACCCCAUCCGUGAAAGCUACAGAAAGGGGGGGGGUCUGUCCACCUGGGAAGCAGGAAGAAGAUGGAUCUUUCAGCCAAGCAGGCAGCCUCUCUGAAGCUGCCCGGACCCCCUACUCUGCCCCCCAAAUCUACGUUUAAAAUAAAACCGGGAGGACCUUGCAGCAGGGAUCCUUAAAAACAUCCAGCAUAGCAGCCAAAGUUUUUAAAUACAUUUAAAAGCUUUCCUAUGUACAAAGGGGGCAGGGUGUUGGUUUUAUGAGCUUUGGGGUGGGGUGCGUGUAUUUUUCCACUGAAAAACUAAAAAAAAAUAACCACUGCUUUUCCCCUGUUUUCCCAAUGUUUCUGAAACUCUCUUGUUGGAAAAAUAGGCCCAGUUCUGCAGCUCCCAAAUACAAUUAUAAGAAACCCCCCCUCCCCUCUGGUCCUUGCUAUAAGGCCUCAUUCAUCCUGCUUAAAAUCUGAACAUUUUCCACACUUGAAGGCUGAAAUUUCUUGGAGGCUAAUUAUAUUAUAUUGAAAAAUAGUUAAAAGACUAAUCAACAUAAAAGCAAAACCCUUUGCCAGUAACAGCGCUUUAUAAAUAAAAUAAACCCACCUUAAAAAUAAACCAACGUUUAUUUUUGACAGUAUUUUAAAUGGGAUUGUACUUGGGGCUUUUUAAAAGUCCUGUUCUUUUGUAAGUCGGUCUGGAAGGGCAGCGUCUUCAUAAAAAUUAACCCCAAUAAUGAUCAAGACGCCAAGAAAGGCAGAUAAAAGGCUGGGAUUUGGGCAUAAUUUCACAGCUUGUUAAACUGGAGAGCGCAAUUGUAUUCUGGCCCUGUCAGAAUUAAGAUCCCACAAAAGCCAACUUAGAUUACAAACGGGUUUAAUCCCAGUCCCAGCGAUGUGCCUUUGUCUCUCUAGACUUAUUUAGUCACCUCCGUUAAUUAAAAACUGAUUACCGUCGUGGCUGUGUUUGGAAACACUCCGCUCAAUGCCACGCGGAGGCUGACCGAUUAAAUGCCACACCCUGCACUCCUCCAAGGAAACACCUUGACCAAUCCUUAAUAAUCCUCUGCAGUAAAAUCCCCAGAAAUCCCGUCAAGGAAGAACCUGCACGAUUCUUGCAGCAACCGAGAAAGCAGGCUGAGAGUCCACGGAGGAAGAGGAAAAUUUAAUGAUUCCAAUGGAAAAAGAAAUUAGCGAGCGCAGCUGUUUGGCUUCCUUAACGGAUGUCCUCUGAGCAUAAUUUUCUAUCCGUAGGGAUUUGCAGCACAGAAAUAAAAAGCUGAACAGGCUGAGAUUUGCAGGGUGCACCUGCCUUCUCUUGUCCGGGUCAUCCCAAUUGCCAGGCCCAUUUUUGCUGGUGGCAGGUAGGAAUUCCACCAUCCAGGUCCAGGAAUUCCAGGCGGAAAUGCCACCGGGCCAGCUCAGAAGCCAGUCAAGAUUUUUCCUUUGUGUGAGCUGUCAAUUUCAUUGAUUUUCCUGGAGGAAUUGACGGAAGAAAGGGGAGCGGGAUAUUCCUGCCAAACUGGGCCCAGGGGCAGGGCUGUUCUUCUUGCUUGGUUAGUCAUGGAAGGAAGACUGCUCCUGGACAGGAGGCUCUGCUUAAGGAGUCAAUGAAUUAGACACCACCACCACCACCCAGCGUUAAAAACACGUUUUAAAGAAAAACCUGAAUUGAUUCUUCUUUCCCAUCUAGGAAGAGCUCUCAAAGUGGAGAAAGACUGACUACCUGGAUGAAGAGCAGGGAGGUGCUGCCCUCUGGUGGCUCAGCCAGGGACUGCGCCCUCAGAAGGAAAGUCCACAACGCCGCCUAGUGGGAAAUGUCGGAACAGCACAACUUCCUCGCUCUUUUUUGUUUUUUCUUCUUUUUUAACUGUCCAGGGCAAAACUGGAUUUUAAAUUGUUAGGAAACUGGCUGCAAAGGAAGAUUUCAGAAGCGAGAUUUGCCCCCCAGCGCAGGCGAUUUCUCGCCAACCCUCCCAAGGAAGGAAAACACUCCAAGCACGAGUUUCUAAUCAAUCCAGAAAUCCGCCAAGAGCAUCCUUUUCAUCCCAAGAAGCAUCAGGCGCACACACAAAGAGCAUUGCUCUCUCCUGCCCAGCAUUUUGCGCAAGGAACCUCCUCAUCCUGCGCAACGAGACUCUUCAUCAAAGUUGCUGGCCUGAUUUUGCACGCGGAGAAUGGGAAGAGCCGAGUCGGGACUUCACCCCAAGCUGGAACCCGCGAGUUCUUCUGGGGGUCUCGCCUUCUGACGGCUGGAAGCGAGCACGUGGGAAAGGCUGCUGCCUCGGGCGGGGGUUCUCCUUGCCGGACAGGUUCCUCUUGGGCACCCUCUUCCCCCCCUUCCUCCAAUUCGGAACCCCCCGGCUGCUGCCCCCCCCCGGAGCAUUUCCAAGAGUAACUCCUUACCUGUAUUGCCUUUCCCCCCCAUUAUUUUAGCUUGAACUGGGGGUUUCUGGCUCUUCGCCUUUUUGCAGCAGCCAGAGAUGACUUGCUGGGGGGCUGCCUAAGUGGGGCUCCCCCCACCCCACCCUCCACAGCUUGGCAAGUGUGCAAGGAACCGGCUGGAGCAGCGAUCCAUGGCCGAUGAAAUUUUGGAGCAGUUGCCACUGGCCGAAAAGACGGCCAUGUGGGGCACCUUGGGAACGAUCCGACCUCACCUGAAUUUUGAUGCAGCCAAAGAUGCCCAGACUUUCUUCCAGGCCAUCAGUGGUGAAGAUUUGGACUCUUCCGGGAGCACAGCUGACUCGAGGGGCCGGAGCAGAGUUUGCAAACUCCUGGUUUGGAGGCCUCGGCUAAAACUGGGGCCCCCGGGUCUCCCCAAAGGUGUGGACUGCGGGGUCAUCCUUGACCUGCUGACCAGUCGGAGCAGCGAGCAUCGGCAGCAAAUUGCGGAAGCCUUCCUCGAAUUCACCCAACAGGGCCUGCUGAAAACUCUGGAAGCCGUGAUUCCCAGCCAGUUUGAGACCAUAAUCAGGGCUUUGCUCUGUCCAGCAGCUCAGUACGAUGCCCAUGAAAUCCAGGCAGGAUUGCAGGGUCUGGAGGUGGAAACCCUGAUUGAAAUUACCUCCACUCGAACGGCAAAACAGCUUCAGGAAAUGCUGGCUUAUUAUAAACAGGAUUUCAAAUCCGAUUUGGGAAAGGACAUUGCUUCUGGUGCCACCGGAGGCUUUAGAGACCUUCUUCUCGCCCUGAUCAAGGGCCAGCGGGAACGCUACUCGGGGACGAUCGAUUACGUCUUGAUACGGCAAGAUUCAAAAGCCCUGUCUGACGCAGCCGACGGUGGGGACGCCGGACGCCUGGAGGAGAGCGAGUGGGUCCGGAUCCUGUCUCAACGCAGCCCCGAACAUUUGAGGAGAGUGUUCAGCUGGUACCAGGAGAUGACCGGAAUCUCAGUUGAAGAAAUUAUGGAGAAACAUUUCCAAGGAAACUUCCGGGAAGCGGGUUUAACGCUGGUUUCCCUCCUAAGAAACACACCGCUGUAUUUUGCCACCAAGCUCCACUCGGCCAUUAUGGAAGCAGGACGUAACCCCCGGACGGCCGUCCGAAUCAUGAUCUCUCGCAGCGAGAUAGACCUUCUCAGCAUCCGCACCGAGUUCAAGAGGCGCUACGGGAUCUCGCUCUACUCCUUCAUUAAGGCGGAAACACAAGGCGAACACCAGGCGGCUUUGCUUGGCUUAUGCAAGGCGGAAGAUCUGUGAGACACGCUGCCAGGCGAGGAUCCUCCCCGUCCAGAGGCAGUCUACCUUGAAAAACCCUCCAGCUUUUCCUUCCAGCGAAGCUGCCUCACCACGAAGUUGCAAAGGAGCCCCCCGGAAGGCAGCUGCGGAAUUCAGCCUGACCGGUCGGACGGGUUUCUGCCUCUCUCCCAGCCCAAAUUCUUCUGAUGCUUUGCAGGGGUUUGAGGGGCCGUGGGGGGAAUUUAGAGACCUGCAAGUUUUGCCAGGUAUUUACAACAAACUGUGGGUCAAGAGUUUAAAAGCAGGGGAUAAUAAUCAGUGAAGACUGAUAGAGCCUCCAGCAUCAGGAGCAAUCUACCUCUGAAUAGCUGCCGGGAAUUGCCAGCGGGCUUCUCAUUGGCCAGUUUGGAAAAUCGGACCCUGGAGUAGAUACAACUUCAGUCUGAUGGCAUUUUAGGGGGCUUAGAUUGCUAGAAAAAGGCUUUUCUACUUUACAUUCCACCUCAACAGCUCUGCUUCUUCUUCCUUCAGUCCCAUUUCCUCCAGUCAAUGGACCCCCAACCCAUCCGCCACAGCCCCACCCCAUAUGCCUGUGCAACCCACACAUCCUUCCUCUUUCCCCUUCACCCCCCCCUCAAAAAAAAUCCCCUUCCCGGGAACUGAAACGUUGCUUGUAAAAAAUAAAAUAAAACCACCACCACGUCUCUCUUUGGGA